UUUAAAGGAGGAGAUUUUGGCUCCAAAAUAGAACACUAAGCUUUUCAGCCUUAUGCUGCUUUACCUAGUCAGCACGAGGCAGUGUCUCCGGGUGCUUAGUGGACUCCUGUGGAAUCAGAUGGGAAACAAAAGCAGAAGUGGCAGCCGCUGCAAAUGUGGGAGCCUCUGCCAUUAGAGGAAAGCAAUUGCUAAUAAGGGCCUGCGAGACCCCGGUUUCCUUGGUUUCCAUGACAGUUAUUAGAGCUGAGCUUGGCAAAGCAAGGAUAUGAACAAUUAUACAGGUGGGCUACUCGGGGGGAGUGAAGAUAUAAGUCAUCCAAACAGGUUUUGGCAACCUGCAGCACUAUAAAAAUGCCCCUCCAACAGAUUUCUGUAGUUCCAGCGCGGGAGACUGCCAGCAAUGGGAGAAGUUCAAUGGGCAGAAACAAAGAGAAGAGCAAGGAAGUCGAGAAUGACAAAUCCCCAGGGCGUUCCACAAGUCGAUCAAGUAACAUUUCAAAGGCAAGCAGUCCUACAACAGGAACAGCUCCCAGGAGUCAGUCACGGUUGUCUGUCUGCCCUUCCACUCAGGACAUUUGUAGAUCUACUACCUUGCAUGAUUUGUCAGAAGAUGAGCUUGAACAUGCAACCCCUGUCAUGGUGCUGACCCCUUCUAAUAGGGAGUCUGGUAAGAAACAAGUAAAACGAAGGUUUAGGCGGAAAAGAGAGACUGGAGACAAUGGUGAGCAUACAGAAAAGCAAGGAAGGGGGAAAGACUGGAAAUUGCAUCCUGAGCCUGCAAGAUCCAGCUGGAAUGCAUCUGAUUCAUCAUCAUCUUCAGAUGAGAGUCAGUGGGCUCAGGCUAGGAGGAGAGUGAGAGAAAAGGCCAGAAUGCCCAGGAGAGGGAGAAGGCACUAUAGAUCAUGCAGUAACCAGGAUGAGUCCUCAAACAAUAAUGCUGUUGAACUUGUCACCUUGGGGACGAUGGGGAAAAAGAAGCAAGAGGUGCCUGACCCUGAGAAUCCUACUUUAAAUCACCGCCGAAGAAGGGUUCCGAGGCUUAAGGAAUCACAGUCUUCAGCGUCAUCCCAGGAAGCAAGGAUUUCCUCGAGAAAAUGUGGGAAAAGCAAAGGGAAAAGCUACCACAGAGAUCAGCAGCCUGCAUCUUUCCUUAGACACAAUAAAGACUCGAAGGACUGCUUUGCAGAGGCAGGCUCUGGCGGGGAUGCUCCGGCAGCCCCAGGUAACGGAGCGCCUGCUGGGGCAGGGCCCGGUGUGACUGAUGCUGUUCAGAAGCCUCCAGUGUUGUAUGAUGACUGGUCUGAUGAUUUAGAAGUAUGCAGGAUCUGUCACUGUGAGGGAGAUGAUGAAAGUCCCCUCAUCACACCAUGUCGCUGCACAGGGACCCUGCGCUUUGUUCAUCAGGCCUGCCUGCACCAGUGGAUUAAGAGCUCAGACACGCGCUGUUGUGAACUCUGCAAAUACGACUUUAUAAUGGAGACCAAGCUCAAACCUCUUCGGAAGUGGGAGAAACUACAGAUGACAACAAGUGAGAGGAGGAAAAUAGUUUGUUCGGUCACAUUCCAUGUAAUUGCAAUUACCUGUGUUGUUUGGUCACUGUAUGUUUUAAUUGAUAGAACCGCUGAGGAAAUUAAACAAGGCAAUGAUAACGGUGUCCUUGAAUGGCCAUUUUGGACAAAACUCGUGGUGGUGGCCAUUGGAUUCACAGGGGGCCUGGUCUUCAUGUAUGUGCAGUGUAAGGUUUAUGUUCAGCUGUGGCGCAGGUUGAAAGCCUACAACAGAGUGAUCUUUGUUCAGAACUGCCCGGACACUGCCAAAAAAGUGGAGGAGAAGAACUCUUUGUGCACUCAGACCUCAGACGUCAAGGAUGCCGUGGUGGUGCCAGUAGCACAGACAGGUACAAACUCUCAGCCGGCAGCUGAAGAAACAUCAUCUGAGGUCAUGCCAGUUUGACAGAGACAGCAUUGUUUCUUGCUUGCAGAAUAAGACGUAGUGUUUUCUCCACUACAAAUGCUAAAAGAGAGUAGAAAUGACUGUGCAUUUUUUCAGUUGAAAAACAAACCCAAACCCACACAAAAACCAAAACCCUGCAAGGAAAACGGAUCCAGCAAAGCAACCUGUUACUGUAUGGAAUGUGACUGUUCGUGAAGUAGUUUCUCAACUAGUCAGCAAGUGUAGUGAAAGUGGAAUUGUAGCAAGUGCAAUAGAAAACAGGUUUAAACAGGUUUAACAGACAAUGCCAAACCAAUGUGACAAGAGUUUGGUUGUUUUUUUGUUUUUUUAAAAUUCAAUGGCUGGGAAAGUAGAAACAGACCUGAUAUUAAUAAUUUUGUUUAUAGAAAACAAAAACCUUUCAUCUGUUUACUACUAAGAGUUGUAUUUCCUAUUUAUCUUCCUAAAGAUAGACUUCAAAAGGAUACCAAUCAAGUUAUAUGCAUUAACUGAAUCAAAAUACAGAGCUGUAUCACAGCAUUCACUCUCUAAGCCUCAUACGGUAACACAUGUGGAGCCUGAACAUUUGGGCAGCUGUGUCAACUAAGGAUAUUUGAAACAUUUGAAGGGUAGCAUUGUUUUUAAAUAUGCCUGAGUUUUUGAAAAGUAAGCAAUUCCAACCACUAUAAACUUAUGUCUCCAUAAGCUAGGUAUUUUUUUAAAUAUAGCUGUCAGCAAAAUAAGUACAGGAAGGAGGGAGUGUAUAGAUACACGUAUUUAGAAGAGCACCGCAGCUGUUUAUUUUACUUUGUAAGAGUGAAUUAGACAUAAAUUGGAUACACAAACUUUUGAGGCAGAACUAUCCAUAAAAAAAAUGCAGUUUACUGCACAAGAGUAAAGUGCAUAUUGUCAAAGGUCUGAAAAAGUAUGACAGAUAGGGAAGAUGGAAGCCAUUUUUGGUUUUAUUUUUUGGUUCGUGAUACAGAAAGGUAGACGUAAGAGAAUAUACCUAUCUAUCUAUCUUAAGAGUACAUUAGUUUUUAUCUAAUUUUUCUGAAAAGUUAUUUUUUAUCUUCCUGACUGAAAAAAUAAAUCAAUGGUUUCCCUCUGUACAGGUAAACCUGAGGUGUUAGAGAUUCAACAGUUCAGCUGUUAACUUCGUGUUUUGAGCAUUAUCAUAUAGAAAUGAAGUGUGAAUAGCAUUAAAGGGUGCAAUAAAUAAAUGAAUGUAGAUAUAAUACUGUGUCCAACAGGGUGAAUUAUAUAUAAAGAACCAGUUUUGUGAUUCACUUCUCGUAUCUGUGAUGUUUACCAUCAGGACACAACAGCAAGUAUUGACUUGGAGUAGUUAUGUACUAGCGUGGCCAAGGCUGGAGCCUGAACCUUAUGUAUAUUUAAAAAACCAAACCAAAACAAAACAAAACAAAACCCCAAAACCCUUCUUUUUUGAUCUUGUAUUUAAGAAAAGAAGAAAAAGCAAACAAGCAAAUAAAGAACCCGAGUAAAGAAGAUAGGCAAGCACGGGUGAAUCUGCCACAAUUACAAGUGAACUGGACUUCUACAGAAGCCUUGCAGUUUCUAAUGGCAGAUUUGCUCCUUACACACAACCAUCCCAUUCUUGCAAAUAUCCAGGGUGCUGGGCCUAAGAUAUGUAUUAAGCAUUCCUUUGUGAAUGUGUUUACUGGCUUAAGGCUCAGGGAAUAGGAAGUAGCAGUAUUAGCAAGAUGUGUUUUUUAUCAGACCAUUAUGUUCUUUUGUAUUGGAAUUGCUCAUGUAAUUUGGCUGUGACAAAGUGACUGUCAUCGGGCCAGACAGGACACAAAAUCUUGGUAAACAGGCCCUAAAUACAUAUUAGUAUUUGCUCUAAAUUACUUCAGGUGAGUUAGAUUAAUGAUUAAGCUUUUUUCAGAUAAUGACACACACUUUUCAUAUAAAGUAACUUUCCAAUUAUACAAUUUUGAAUUCAAAUUGUAGCAGCUUCACGUUUGAAGUGACACACAAAAGAGUAACCAAAUACUUCCUUUGUUUAUAAUUGUGGAAGAAACUUCAGGUCUUCAGAAAAUGAUGACAGCACUAAGGAAUGCCUCAUAACUACACAUUUAAUAUAGUCUGCAAAGGCACAGUUUUCAAAAAGUAUAAAUCUACUUGCUAAAAAGUAAAUCUCAAGAUAUCUGAAGUUAGACACUUAAAACUACUAGCUGCAUCUAAAUGUUUCAAAUGAUGUUUACAAUAAAACCUGAUAUAGCAAAAUUGACUGACAAGGAACAUUAUUAUGGAAGAUAAUUAAGAGCUUUCUGAAAUAAUCAGAAAGUUUCUUACUAGGUGACAGUAACCCUGCUUCUUUAGCCAGCUUGUUCUUUGACCUGCUGUUGUAGCAUCAUGAUGCCAUUGAAAGUACUUUAUCCUCUAUUUUAACAGUUUACCGGAGACUAAUUCACAUUGGUUUUUUUCUUGAACAAGUAUAAAAUUCAACUCAAAAAAAAAAAAACACAAACCCCAAAAAAAUCCAAAAAAAAACAACUGAAGCGUCUGAAAGCAGAUUUGUAGUUUCCAACGAGAUUACUGUACAUUUUUAAAAAUACACUGAAGAGUUGGCAACAGAACAGACAACUUGCAAAAUUUUAUACUAAUGACUUCAACUUCAAAACACUAUUUUGGCACUCAACUGCAUAUGCAACUGAGUUUACAGGUAAUUGAAUAUAAGAAUGGAGAAAGUCUUCAGUUGAAAUUCCUGCACUCCCUUUGAAAUAUUAAUUUGGACAGCAGGAAAAGGAGCAAAAUGGGACACUGUCUGCUGAGACAGACAAUGAGACAAGUUGGCAGCAAGAGAGAUUACAGCAGACUUGAAGCAGUCUUUAACCUUUUAAAAGCAUUACAGUAUUAGCCCGUAGGUGCAGUGGGUAUUUGAGAUCUUUCAGGGAUUUCAUGCAGGAUUGGAAUUUGUUUCUGACGCAGGGUGCAACCUCUUCAGGAGGGCAAGGAGCUAUUCACGCCAACAUGCCUUGAAUACAAGUCUGCAUGAAUAAGGAAGGUACACGAAUAGACACUAGGCAGCUGCUUAUCAACCAGUGGUUUUUCAUUCCCACACAAAGCACAAUUUUCUGUAUCAAUUUAAUAACCACAGGAUUCUAUCCUGAAAAAAAAAAAAAAAAAAAGUUAUACUGAAAGUUUUAAAAUACAUUCUAAGACUUUUUAAUUAAAAUUAUUUAUCAGAUAAAGAUCUGUAUCAAACUGCCUGUGUAGCCACAAUGCAUCUCGGGCAAAUAUGCUGACAGUGGGAUUCAGCCUGGCUAAACCCACCCACAAGGGCAGAACCUUGCUCUGAGCUGCCAGUACCAAGCAGAGCUUCAUCUGCAUUCUUGUUUAAGCAAAGUUUUAAUGGAGGUAGGUAGGUAGAAGUAAUCUGAUGUCAGAUCAGAUCUGGAAUUUUCAACAAGGUACUCCUAACCUGUGAACAUGCACAUUUCUUACCCUGUUUUAAGUUACAAGCAUUAUAAAGUUUAUUUGAAACUGGCAUAAACAUACCACUCAUUAGCAUUACAAAGAGUCUCAACUAGUCCAACGGUGCCAUUCACACACUACUCUGACAGCAGUGUUUAUUUUGUUGUGUAGAAAUAAAUAGUAAUUCCCCACCACCAGAACAAACCGUUUAUAAUUUCUAAUAAUGCAAUGAAACUUACUCUAUGAUGAAAAUAUCUUACUGUGUAUAUUUGAAACUACAAGUUUGUGUUACUUGUUUAACUCCCUCUCUUUUGCAAAAGAAAAACUGUAUGUUUUUGUGGGUGAAUGUGUACUGAAAGACAGAAGGUAAGGGCAACAGAAGUAAUAUAUCUGCUUAUUGUUGUGAAAAAAAUGUAUUUGUAUUAAACUACCCAAAUUA